AUGAGCACUCCAAAUACAUCUCACGGCAACAGCCAGCCAGAAACCUCAGCUGGGGCUGCUUCUACGGAAGGUGUCCUUGUGAUAGAGGACAAAAUAAAAAUCUCUCACGAAGCUAUAAUCGACUUUUCAAGCCCCAUCAUAACGGAUGAGGAUGUAGUCUGCUCUCAGACGGAUCGAGACGGAUUCAAAGCUUUCGUCGAGGACCAAGGCGAGAGCGAUCUUGGCAAGACUAUUCGACUCAUUGAUUAUAUUGUGGCCAAAGAAAUAUACGAGUCAUCCCAGGCUGACUUGGUCAAUGAACCUCGUUUCCAUGGGGUUACGAUCCAAGAAACAGCAACCCUUGUCGUGAUGCGCAUUCGGAACGAAACCUUCACAAAAUUAAAGACUUCCGAGGCAGCCUGGGAAUUGUUUCUGAUGGCGUUACGACAAGAUGGUGUUGCCUGUGACUACAAGAACGAAACAGAGGCCCUCAUACGGACGCUAGGGGGCACAGUUCCCAUGGACGUAUGGGAUCGGAUCUGGAGACAGUUCAUGCCUGCCUGGCGUGCCGACGUUUUCCGUGCUUCCAGUGCGAUGGCCAAUGAUUUGGUGAAUUUCAUAGAUAGUUAGAACUCUGGG